ACCAUACGAAUAAUUUAUCCAUAUUUUUGACUGAAAUAUAUAUAUAAUUUUUUCCAAAAUAUAUAAAUUUUAUCAAGAUGAGCUUGGAAAAAGGACUUGCAUCCAAAUAUAUAUACAUUACAUUUGUAAUUGCAGCCUACUGGAUAAUAUCCAUUUUAACUGUAUUUGUAAAUAAGGCACUCUUAUCCAGUAAAGCUGUGAAUUUGGAUGCCCCUCUAUUUGUAACUUGGUUUCAAUGCAUAGUGAGUACAGUUAUUUGCAUUAUUUUACGCAAACUAUCACAAUGGUUCCCAGGAUACAUUGAAAUUGCAGAUGGUAGUCCAUUUAAAAAGGAUGUUUUAAAAAAGGUACUGCCAUUAUCACUCCUGUUUACUGGAAUGAUAGCAACUAAUAACUUGUGUUUAAAGUAUGUUGGUGUCGCUUUUUAUUAUAUAGGCCGUUCGCUAACGACUGUAUUUAAUGUGGUGUUUACCUAUAUCUUACUUGGGCAAAAAACAUCCUUCAAAUGCAUAAUGUGCUGUGCAGUAAUCGUUUCUGGGUUUUGGCUGGGUGUAGAUCAGGAGCAUGUAGCAGGUUCCUUAUCCAUUCUUGGUACAUUUUUCGGUGUGCUCGGAUCAUUGUCAUUAUCUUUAUAUUCCAUCCGUUUAAAGCAGACACUACCAGCUGUAAAUAACGACAUUUGGUUACUUUCUUAUUAUAACAAUGUAUAUAGCAUUAUUAUCUUUAUUCCAUUAAUGAUAAUUAGCGGUGAACCAACAAUUGUAUACAAUUACGAGAAACUUGGAUAUCCUCUUUUCUGGGGUGCUAUGACGAUUGGUGGUGUAUUUGGUUUUGCCAUUGGAUACUUUACUGCGCUUCAAAUAAAGGUCACAUCUCCUCUAACACAUAAUGUUAGCGGUACUGCAAAAGCAUGUGCUCAAACAGUUCUAGCAACUUAUUGGUUUAAUGAAGAAAAAUCAUUUCUUUGGUGGAUAAGUAAUAUCAUUGUACUUACUGCCAGUGCAUUUUAUGCAAGGAUUAGGCAAUUAGAUUUAAGUAAAGAAUAUAAAAUGGAGAGACAGCAGCUUAAAGUAUAACAAUAAUAUAUAAUUUUAU